AUGGGCCAGUUCUCAGACCUCAUAAAUUGGGGCACGGAACAGACAUUCGGACAGGCUUGGCGUCCCACUGUCAACCAGACCAACAUGUCGAUUAAUAUUCCUCAGACUACACGCGAGUACCAUCUCCCCAAGGUGGACGGGUACCAUAACCUAGUCGUCCAAGAGGCGCCGUUGCCUGCCCCAAGGGCAUUUGAAGUCCUCGUAAAGGUGCACGCCGUGUCCCUGCAGUAUCGCGACUUGAUGGUCGCGACGAGCAAAUAUCCGCUCGGCCAGAAACCAAACGUCGUCCCAUGCUCGGACAUGGCGGGCGAGAUCCUCGCCGUCGGCGAAGACGUGCGCACUUGGGCCGUUGGCGACCGUGUCUGUGCCAACUUCGCGGUGGACCACGUCUAUGGCGAACUCACGGACGAGGCUAGGCUCUCCGCGCUUGGCGCGCCCAUUGAUGGUGUCUUGACGGAGUACAAGGUCCUUCCAGCGCACUGCCUCGUGCGCGUUCCGGAACACCUCUCCUACGAGGAGGGAUCGACUCUGCCAUGUGCAGGGCUCACUGCGUACAACGCGCUGCUGGGCCCCGUCCCGCUCAAGGGUGGUGACACGGUCCUCGUCCAAGGCACCGGCGGCGUCUCCAUCUUCGGGCUCCAAUUUGCGGUCGCGUCCGGCGCGACCGUCAUCGCGACAUCGUCCUCCGACGAGAAGCUCGAGAUCGCGCGGCAGCUCGGCGCGGCGCACCUCAUCAACUACCGGAAGACGCCGGACUGGGCGGACGAGGUGAUGCGGAUCACGGGCGGUAAGGGCGUCAAGUAUAUCAUCGAAGUCGGCGGGGCCGGGACGCUGAUGCAGUCUGUACGCUCGAUCGCGUAUGGCGGGUGGAUAUGCGUCAUCGGGUUCGUUGCGGGAGGCGGCGACGUGAGCCAGCUGCCGACGGCCGUGCUGACGCGCUGCGCGAUGCUCCGCGGGAUCGUCGUCGGUCCGCGUGUUCAGUUCGAGGCGAUGAACGAGCUGAUCAGCGCGAAAAAGCUCAAACCCGUCGUGGACAAGGUGUUUGCGUUCGAAGAGGCGAAGCAGGCGUACGCGUACCUGGAGAGUCAGAAGCACGUCGGGAAGGUCGUUAUCAAGGUCUCGAAAGAUUGA